UAUCGAAAUAAAACAGCCUAUAUGAAUUAAUUGCGUGUGCUUGUACAUUCCGCAUCAACUGCAUGUACCCUCCCUAAUCACAUAGUAAUAUGAAUCAGUUCACAAACCGUUUUUCCCAACCAACUACUCCAUUUUGAUCCAUAUCCAAAAUGGCCGCCGCUCCUCGUAUCAUUUCCCUCAUCAUCGCCGCCCUCUGCUGCCUCCUCCCUUCCACCGCCGCUCAGAAACCAGAUUUAGCCAUCGCAGUCUGCAGAAACACCACAGACUUCGCCUUCUGCCGCGAGGCCGUCUACUCCGAUCCCCGCGCUCCCGGCGCCGACCGCUACGAGCUAAUCGACAUCAUAUUCCGGCUGGCGUAUCGGAACGCGUCUGAUACAAGAGGAUACAUCGCCGGCGAGGUGAAAUCGGGCGCCGAUGAGCUGAAGAAAUGCCUCGGUGACUACGAUAAGGCGGUUGCGAUCCUGGAGGGGAUGCUCAACGAUUUGAAUUCGGAAUCAUAUUACGAUUUGGAUUCUCGAUCCCUUGAUAUCCAGCACAGAGUGAGCGACUGCGGGAAGGGAUUGCGCAUCGGCGUCGGCAUCGCUCGAAGGAACCAGAACAUGCUUAAACUUGCAAAUAUGUGUUACGCUGUUUCUAAGCUUUUCUAGUUUCGUCGUUAAGCUUCAUUUUCUACUUUUGUUGAUUCUAGGUUUAUUCUUUGCUGAAAAAUAAAUGUGAUUAGGCAGAUGGUAAAGUGAUAAUGACCGAGACCAAAGAUAUCGUGUUUGAAUUAAUCAUUAUUUUCAUUUUCCUUUUAUACUAGUACUAUUAUUUUUCUCUAAUCCUUCA